AUGAAAACGGUGCCGAAAGGAGUCUACGACCAGACCCUACCAGCGCCUCACAGCUCGCCCUUACACCCAGAGAUCGAUCACCUUGGAGUUGGCUUCGACAUGCAGUUUGUACCGAGUCCUGGAGGGAGCAACCGGCAGCGUACUCAGAUAUUUGCUCACGCGUACGCUUCGGACAAACCACCGCGAAGCAUUACGACUGAGAAUUUAGAGACUCUCAUCAUGCGGAUACUAACCGAGUCUCUGUCUCAGUUCGAGCGAGUAAUUCGUCGUCGUCGCUUCGGGUUCCAGUCCUUCAUUUACUUCCCGAAGGAAUACGCAGAUCCACUUUUGGAGAAACGGUGUCUGAUCUGCAACAAAACGUUCCACUUCUUCCGUCGAGAUUUCUAUUGUCAACUCUGUGGCCACAUGGUGUGUGGAAAUUGUUCGGAACUCCACGAGGUGGAGGCUCGUAUCGGUGAGAUUCGCAAGAAUCGAUGCUGCCGGUUGUGUGUUGUUCGUGUGGAUGCGUGCAAACUCGAUCGGACGCGUGGUUGCCAACUGACUCCAUGA